AUGGAUGCCACCGCCAUUCGAAGUUGCAUCGCUGCGACGCUCGACGUUGAUGCCGACGGCCGCCGGAGGGCUGAGCUUCAGCUGAAGCAGGCCGAGAGCCAGCCUGGUUUCACAGAUGUCCUGUUGGAUCUUGUCCAGUCCGAGCAGGCUAUCAACCUUCAACUGCCCACUGUUAUCUACCUCAAGAACCGCGUUAACCGUGCGUGGGAGCGCUCCGACUACUACCCGAACGAGACAGUGAUACCCGAUGACGAGAAGGCGCGCUUCAGGGAUCGGCUGCUGCCCAUCCUCGCGAGCUCUCAGAACCUGGUGCGGCAUCAGCUCGUCCCAAUUCUGCAGCGCAUCCUGCACUUCGACUUCCCCGAGAGAUGGCCGUCGUUCAUGGAUUAUGCCCUACAGCUCCUCAACACCAACGACCCGCGUUCGGUCCUGGCUGGGCUCCAGUGUCUUCUCGCCGUCUGCCGGGCCUACCGCUUCAAAGCGAGCGACAGCGACAGCAGGGCUCACUUUGAUAAGAUCAUCGAGGCGAGCUUCCCCAGGUUGCUGGUAAUAUGCAACGAGUUGGUGAACCAGGAGGGCGAUGAGGCGGGUGAGAUGCUACACAUCGCACUCAAGUGCUACAAGCACGCCACUUGGCUAGAGCUCUGCGAGUUCCUCCGCCAGAGCACCGUUAACCUCGGUUGGUGCACUGUCUUCCUUCAGACCGUCUCUAAGGCCAUCCCGGCCUCCGCCAUGCAGGGCGACCCUCUCGAGCGGGAGCGUCACCAUUGGUGGAAGGCGAAGAAGUGGGCGUACUUUAACCUGAACCGCCUGUACAUCCGACAUGGCAACAUGCAAGCAGUCCUGGAUAGGUCAGUUGAACCUCCCACGCGGUUCAUCAAAGAAUUCUCCGCUCAGGUCGCACCCGAGAUCCUCAAACACUACCUCCAGGAGAUUGAGAAGUGGGUUUCCAAAACCAUCUGGCUCAGCCGACCCUGCCUCUCCUACACUAUUGUAUUCAUGGACGAGUGUAUUCGCCCCAAGGAUAUGUGGGGACACCUGAAGCCUCACCUAACUAACCUGGUCACCCACUUUAUCUUCCCGGUCCUCUGCCUAACGGAGGAUGACAUCGAGAAGUUCGAGGACGAGCCCGAGGAGUAUCUUCACCGGAGGUUGAAUUAUUUCGAGGAAGUUACCGCGCCGGACGUUUCGGCCACCAACUUCUUGGUCACACUGACCAAGGCGCGGAGGAAACAGACCUUCGAGCUCCUCACUUUCAUCAACGAGGUAGUGAACCAGUACGAGCAGGCCCCGGAGGGAAGCAAGAACCACAUCGCCAAGGAGGGUGCCCUGCGCAUGAUCGGGACUCUUGCGCCGGUCAUUCUCGGCAAGAAGUCGCCGAUUGCAGCUCAGGUGGAAUACUUCAUUGUCCGCUACGUUUUCCCGGAUUUUACCAGCGAGCAGGGCUUCCUCCGGGCCCGGGCUUGUGACACUAUCGAGAAGUUCGAGCAGCUGGAUUUCAAGGACCAGAACAACCUCCUUUCCAUCUACCGCCAUAUCCUGGAUCGCAUGGCCGACCCGAAACUCCCGGUUCGUGUGACUGCGGCUCUGGCGCUCCAACCGUUGAUUCGGCACGACAUAAUCCGGACGAGCAUGCAGACGAGCAUUCCGACCAUCAUGCAGCAACUUCUGAAGUUGGCCAACGAGGCCGAUAUCGAUGCCCUUGCUAACGUUAUGGAGGACUUCGUUGAGGUUUUCGCCGCCGAGCUCACUCCUUUUGCCGUGGCCCUUAGCGAGCAGCUCCGCGACACUUAUCUUCGCAUCGUUCGAGAGCUGCUGGAGAACAGUGAGAAGCGGGACGACAUGGACAAUGAGUUUGGCGACUACCUCGAUGACAAGAGCAUCACCGCGCUGGGAGUGCUUCAAACCAUUGGUACUCUGAUCCUCACCCUUGAGAGCACCCCGGAUAUACUCCUCCAUAUUGAGAGCGUUUUGAUGCCUGUGAUUGAGAUCACGCUAGAAAACAAGCUCUAUGACCUGUACAACGAGGUGUUCGAAAUCAUUGACAGCUGCACAUUUGCCGCCAAGCAGAUCUCCCCGACCAUGUGGAAGGCAUUCGAGCUUGUCCACACAACCUUCAAGUCCGGUGCCGAGCUGUAUCUUGAGGAUAUGCUCCCCGCCUUGGACAAUUUCGUCCAAUAUGGUGCCCCGCAGCUCGUUGAAAAGCCCGAGUAUGUUGAGGCUCUGUUUGGCAUGGUCUCGGACAUGUUCACAGAUGGCAAGGUUGGGGGUGUCGAUCGCAUAUGCGCCUGCAAGCUCGCCGAAGCCAUGAUGCUGAGUCUCCGCGGGCAUAUCAACAAUGCCGUCCACGGUUUCAUUAACAUGGCGAUGGGCGUGCUCGUUAGCCAAGACGUUAAGCUCAAGUCCUAUAAGGUUCACUUGAUGGAGAUGGUCAUCAAUGGCAUUUACUACGACCCCAUCCUCGCACUGCAAAUCCUCGAGGCCCAGGGCUGGACGAACAAGUUCUUCAGUCUUUGGUUCGGAAGCAUGACGUCGUUCACCCGGGUGCACGACAAACAGCUUUGCAUCCUGGCCAUCAUUGCACUCCUGAACGUCAAGUCCGAGCAAAUCCCGCCCAGCAUCAUGGUUGGCUGGCCGAGACUCCUACAGGGCAUCAAAAUUCUUUUCGAUACUCUUCCCGAGGCAAUGUCCAACCGCGAGGAGGCCCUGAAGGAUGAUUUCCAGUUUGAGAGUGGGACCUAUGGCUAUGACGAGAGCGACGAUGAGUGGGAUGAUGAGGAGGCGAACUGGAACGGGGCCGAGAACGAACAGGAGCAGCCCACCGCCGAGGGCAAAGAUGAAAGCACAGCCUACCUGGAGUUCCUAAAUGAGGAGAAGCUCAAGGCAACAGAGCUUGAAGAGUCGGACGAUGAACUCGGCGAGGAUAGUGUACUGCUGGAAUCACCACUCGACCGGAUCGAUCCUUACCUCGCCUUCAGGGAUUCGUUCAAGAAAUUGCAAGAAGAACAGCCUCAGUUCUGCGCUGGCCUGAUGACCCACCUCUCUCCCAACGACCAGAACGCUCUUCUGGAGGUUUGCCGGAGGGCGGAUACGCAAGAGAUGAUGGGUUUGCAGAGCCCUUUCCCGAUGAACCGGGUGCGUGGGCCAGCGAACGGCACGAGCUAG